AUGCCUAAACUCCUACAAGGCAUUGUCACUGUCAUCGAAGUUUUCUACCAAUAUGCCACCAACGAUGAGGAGUGUGCCAUGUUGAACAAGGCAGAAAUGAAAGUAUUUUUGGAAAAUGAAUUCCGUCAAAUUAUGAAGAAUCCAGAUGAUCCAGACACUGUAAAUAUCAUCAUGCAAAGUCUGGAUCGAGACCAUAACAAGAAAGUGGAUUUUACUGAGUAUCUUCUGAUGAUAUUCCAGCUGGCUCAGGCUUGUAAUAAAAUCAUCGGCAAAGAUUACUGCCAAGCUUCAGGGUCAAAGCAAAGAGAUCACAGUCACCAGCACCAAGAGGAACAUAGUGAAACAGAAGAGAAGGACAACGGGGAAGAAUCGUCUUCCAGCCAUUCAAGUUGGAGUGCAGGAGAGAAUGAUUCCUAUUCCAGGGGCUCCAGAGGACGCAUUAAACACAGGCCUCAAUCCAGCUCCAGAAGAAUUGGGCAUCAAGGAGGUUCGUCUAAUUUGGGACACAGGCAAAGCUCUGGGGAAAGAUGGAGAGAGUCAAGCUCGGGCCACUUCAAGGAUAAUAAGAAAAAUAAGUAUGGCUCUCAUCAGCAAGAAAGGUCUAGGAGUGAAGAAGAUGGUUAUACUCAGUCAAAUAACUAUAGAAAAAGAUCACACUCAGCAAAUCAGUCAGGCGGUUGUGGAGAACAAGGGCAUGGUUCCCACUCAGAGAAUCAGUCUUUCAGUUCUGACCAACAUAGGUCUCACUCAAAUGAAUCUUUAGGAAAUAGACUACAGGAGAAGAAAUCAAAUCAACAUCAUGGAUUCAGCUCAGGGAGUUGUGGAGGACAAGACCACUGGUCAAAUUCAAAUGAGCCCACUGGUUAUGGUCAUGAGUCUGGCUCAGGUCAGUCCUCUAGUCAAAGAAGACAUGGAUCCCACUCAAGUGGUCAGUCAGGGAGCCGUGAAAGACAAAAGCAUGGCUCUGGAUCAGGACAAUCCUCUAAUUAUGGAAAAUAUGGAUCUGGCUCUAAUCAAUCUUCUAGUCAGAGAUACCAUGAGCCUAGUUCAGAAUCCAGUUUAGGUGAGUCAUCAAGCUGUGGACAACAUGGACCUGGGUUUGGUCAGUCUUCUGGCUUUGGGCAACAUGGGUCUGGUUUAGGUCAAUCCUCUAGUUAUGGACAACAUAGUUCUACUUCAAGGCAGUCAUCAAACUUUGGACACCAUGGAACUAGCUCAGGCCAGUCUUCCAGCUAUGGUCAACAUGGGUCUGGAUCAAGUCAGUCUUCUAGCCACAGCCAACAUGGGUCAGGCUCAGAGGUAUGGCUCAGGUCAGUCUUCUAG